AUGACCUGUCUCAUCCAUGCUCCAAGCACUCUGGAGUAUACCUCAACAGAGUACAUUGUUAUGCAGCUCCCAUCUGAUUUAGAAAAUGAAUGCAACGGUCAAGUUGUCGCAAUGUCUGAGGGCUCACAGGCAUACUACAUCACAGACACACAUAUAUACAAGCUUCUUGCUCGUGACAGCAGUAAUACACGAUUCCUUAUAACAUCCCCCAGUGAAGCCUCGGAAUCAUCACAGACAUACGGUGUUCUGUGUGUAUUUGGGUCAGUUGUUGAAUUAGACCCGUGCCCACCAAUUGUGAACAGUAUUCUGAGGCGCUGCGUCGCCCAAAAGUUGGGAAGCAACAUUGUUGCGCCCAUCUAUCUAUCUAGGCUUCUUUCAGAAUCUAAUUAUAUUGGCACAAAGAGAGAUGUCUGUACCUACUUGGCAUCCCUUGCUAUGCUUCCGUGUGAUCUAGACGCUAAUUCAGAGCGUUGCCUAUUUGCUGCCAAUGGGGAGUAUCCUCUUGCCCGCUUCCAUACCGGUAAAGUUGCCGAGAUACUGGCCAUAUUUCUAGGAGGCGAUCCGAGUGGUCUUGGAGCAGAUCAAAGCACUUUAUCCUGGUGCACUCCAUCAAUACCACUAGCUGCUCUGGUAGACAUCAUACAGCGCGUUCUUCCAGGGGUCUCCUGGGGAGUAGCUGCCCACGCAAUAAUAUCUCUUUCUAAUGCCAUCGAUGGGUGUAUACUGUCACUGGAGAAAUUGGCUGGGUUUGUCUCUGACCCAACGAGUCUACAUUUAAGCCCUCAAACUGCAAUACGCUUGAGUUCCAGGCAGAUACUUGCAAGCAUUGUACUCUCCUUUAUCACUCAGUCCGGGAUACACAUGACCAAAGCAGGUAUUCACGUAAUUGAAUUCACACUUAAAGCUAUUGUUUCCAAGGUGGGUGAGAUAUCUCUUCCUCACGACUUCCUUUUGGCUUACAUGGAAGAGGCAAUGCUGGGAGAGCAGCUAGCGCAAAAGGUCAGCGAGAUAUUUUCAUUGCCCAUUAUAGCUUAUGUGGAUCUUCUGGCCCCAAGGAGUUUACGGGACCUAAGGAGCGUUGACACAUCAGCCUGCUGGAUGGCACCAGAGCGCAAUCUUUCAGUUGAGUCUCAGUUUAUGUACAUAGAGCGUUCCCAUUUGAGUAGCAAUCCGCUUAACAGGGCAUUUGAACUGCUCGAUAUCCAACAGCGAUGGAGCAAGAGCGCAUUUACAGCACUAAUGAUAGAUGUAUGUGCUCCUCACGAAAACCCUAACGCCAUCACCGAAGAUUAUACUCGUGAGGUAGGACGCACCGAUAGUGGAGAAAUAGUAGUGGUUGAAAAGCGGGAGAAGAGGAUCCUCCUGGCUUCCCGUGUUCAGGCCUCCCAAUAA